AUAAUUUUAUAUAACUUCUAAUAAAUAUAUUAGAAGAGAAUUAUAUAUUAAGAAGAAAGAUAUUUCUCUAAUUUAUAUACAUAAUGGAUGAUGUAUAUAGACUUUAUAAUAAGACUGCAUCACCAAAAGUGGAUAUAAAAGAAUAUUUUGAUAAUUAUAAAAAACUAGUAGCUGAUUAUUUUAUAUCCAUGAAAAAAGAUAAAGAUAAUUUUAUGUCAAUGAUGGGAGUUGAACUUGCAGAAGAAGAAUUAUCCAUGUUAACAAAUUAUUGCAGCAUUGAUAAUUUAACAGUGGAAGGAGAAGCUCCAAAAUUAGCCAAUAUUAGAAAAAUGAGGAAAAAAGAUAUAUUUGAUGCUCAAGAACCAGAAGAUGUAGACUUACAAACAAUUCAAAAACUAAGACAAAGAUUAAAACAACAAACUAAACGACUUCAAUAUAAAUACCAAAGUGAAUUAUUCAUAAAUCAUACCAAAAAGGAAGGAACAUAUGAAACAUGCGCUGUUCCUGGCCAGGAUAUUCUUGUUUUUGUUAGAGUUUAUCAUCCUUUUGCACAAAAAGCAAGAAAUGCACCAAGAAAAGAAUGUGGAUCGUUACGUCGACUAAAUAAUGUUAUAGCUGUUUUAGGAUCCCAAACACUUGCUCAAUUAAGAGAUAAAAUAUCUUGCAUUGCUGAUUACAGUAUUUCUAAAGAAUGUAGUGAGAAUUUGGACAAUGCAGUAGGACCUAUGGCAAAAGAGUAUUACAAAUCAGGAUUCUUUUUUAUCGAAGACACUUUUUAUAAUGAUAUGAGAUGCUCAACAAAUAUUGAUUACAGUGCAGUAAUUAUCGAUUGGGCACAAAGAAGGCCAAGAUUAGGACCGUUCAAAGUUGCUACAAUGGAAGAUUGUAGAAUAGAUUCAUUAUGUUUGAGAUUUGGUUUUCCAUGGCUGUAUAAGCAUCAAGGUGGUUGUGAACAUUUAAUUGUGUUUAGUGAUGCUAGGUUGAUUAACUGCAAUGAUGAAUUAGCAAUAUCUGCAUAUCCACAAAUAGUCAGAUUAAGACCUAUGUCUUCUAAAUUUUGCAUGAUAUGUGGUGUAUACAAUGCACAAUGGAUUACUAUGAAACAUGAAAGAAUACCACAUAAUCCUUGUUAUUUCUGUGAUAGUUGUUUUAAAUCUUACAAUUAUAUUGAUGGUAAAAAAGUAGGGAAUUUUGAAGCAUAUGCAUAUCCACGGAAUAUUGAAGCCGUAAAAGGAAAAAUAGAUAUAUAAAUGUAUCAAAUUCUAUUUUUUAUAUUAAAAAAUAAAUUACUUUAUUGAAGA